CUGGGAGUUAGAUACAGUAUCAGUUAUUAAUACUCAGUCACAAUAUGAAGGAUCCCCUCCUCCUGCUGCUCAUCUCUGGGGUCUCUGGGGUGUAUUGCAGUCACUCUCUUCAGUUCUAUGGCACAGCUUUGUCCGUUUCCGGACUUGGGCUUCCAGAAUAUACAUUGGUAGGUUUUGUGAAUAUGAUACAGAUUAUAAAAUACAACAGUGACAUUGGCCGGGCCGUUCCUGUGGCUCCGUGGGUAAAGAAAUUGGAAACUGAAUACUGGGUGAUAAUUACACAGAUCGGCAAAGAGGGGGAAGCUGUAUUCAAACAGGAAUUUAAGACGUAUUUGCCUCUCUACAAUCUGACAGGUUUUCACUCUAUCCAACAGAUGACUGGCUGUGAGCUGAGGGAUGAUGGCAAUAUCACGGGAUACAAUAAGUUCGGUUUUGACGGGAAGGAUUUCCUGGCUCUGGAUAUGAAGCACGGUGUUUAUGAUCCGCUCUCAGACUGGGCUCAGAUAAUAGCACAGAAACUGAACAGCCCGGAUGAGAGACAAGGGGAGAGAGACAAGAGGAUCCUGGAGACUCUGUGCAUCGAAUGGCUGAAAAAAGUAUUACAGUACGGCAAGGAAGAACUGGACAGGAAAGUUCGACCAGAGGUGAAGGUUUCAGAUCAGAAAGCAGAUGCAGCCACAAAGAUUUACUGCCACGUCUACGGGUUUUGCCCUAAGGCCGUGGAUGUGAAUUGGAAAAGAGAUGACGUUGAUGUUCCCUCAGAUGAACCCAAACAAGUUCUUCCCAAUACGGAUGGUACUUACCAGAUCACAGUUACUGUGGAAGUACCACUAAAGGACACAGGGAAAUACACCUGCCACGUGGAACACAUCAGCUUGGAGAAACCACUUAUAGUAAAUUGGGAGCCGAGGUCAAACCCCGUCCUGUGGAUAGUGAUCGGUGUUAUUGCUGUUCUUGGAGUGAUUGGCAUCGCUGUAGGAUUUGUAAUAUGGAAGAAGCUUUCAGGACAAAAUCACAAUUCUCCUUCAAUACUCUGAAAACAGCUGUGGUCAUUACGGCUAGUUCCCUAUAAUGGUAACAUAUAGCACCUGGUACUGUGUAAUCCUAUAAUAAGUUCUCCUCCUCUCAGCUCAUACGUGCCAUGCAGUAAUGAGUAAACAGUGUGUUUGGUGCUGUGCGUGAUUUUUCUUCUGUCGUUUACCAUGUUGGUGUGCACAGCACUAACCUCCAUCAAUCAGCUCAAUAUGCAUUCUUCCUGAAUUCUGUGUAAUUUGUCAUUUAACCAAACAGAAA